GCCGGGGGCUGGGCGGCGGGCUAGGUUGCUCCUGAGGUGGGAGGCGGCACCCGUGGCUGAGAAGGAGGCCUGUGAGCGACAUGUCCCCGGCGGCUGAGGCACAGCGGCCCGUGGCGCUGUUUUUCUGAGUCCGGGGCGGCCUGGCGGCCGGCUGAGGACGAGGGUCGGCGGAGGCUGCCCCCGCUGUGGUGGCCGCCAUGCUGGGGGCCCGGGCGGUUGAGGGAGCGGCUGUGGCGCUCCUGCGACUGUUACUGCUGCUGCUGCUGCCGGCGCUCCGGGGGCCGGGGCUCGGCGUGGUCGGCUUGGCGGGGGCUGGGCUGCCCGAGAGCGUCAUUUGGGCCGUCAACGCGGGCGGCGAGGCGCAUGUGGACGUGCACGGGAUCCACUUCCGCAAGGACCCUUUGGAAGGCCGGGUGGGCCGAGCCUCUGAUUAUGGCAUGAAACUGCCAAUCCUGCGUUCCAACCCUGAGGAUCAGAUCCUGUAUCAAACGGAGCGGUACAAUGAGGAGACCUUUGGCUACGAAGUGCCCAUCAAAGAGGAGGGGGACUAUGUGCUGGUGUUAAAAUUUGCCGAGGUCUAUUUUGCACAGUCCCAACAGAAGGUAUUUGAUGUGCGAUUGAAUGGCCAUGUCGUGGUAAAGGACUUGGAUAUUUUUGAUCGUGUUGGGCACAGCACAGCUCAUGAUGAAAUCAUCCCUAUGAGCAUCAGAAAGGGGAAGCUGAGUGUCCAGGGGGAGGUGUCCACCUUCACAGGGAAACUCUACAUCGAAUUUGUCAAGGGGUACUAUGACAAUCCCAAAGUCUGUGCUCUCUACAUCAUGGCUGGGACAGUGGAUGAUGUACCAAAGCUGCAGCCUCAUCCAGGAUUGGAGAAGAAAGAAGAGGAAGAAGAAGAAGAAGAAUACGAUGAAGGAUCUAAUCUCAAAAGACAGACGAAUAAGAACCGGGUGCAGUCGGGCCCCCGCACGCCCAACCCCUAUGCCUCGGACAACAGCAGCCUCAUGUUUCCCAUCCUGGUGGCCUUUGGAGUCUUCAUUCCAACCCUCUUCUGUCUCUGCCGGUUGUGAGAACAAAUACCAUCCUGAACAGGGUGGAGGGUUGUGGGAAAGAAACCAAAUUUGUUGGUUUUGGUUUCUGUAUUUUUCACAGUGAUUAACAGACACACACACACACAAACACACACACACACACACACACACAAAUUAAAGGAGGUGAAAAGAGGCAGACUGAAUAGAGAGCUGCCUUCAACCACCACCUGGUCCCAGACCUGCUUCAGUCCUAGUCCUCUCUUUGUGGCUGGCCCCCAGCCCUCUCUUUCCUCUCUAGGGUACUUAGGGUAAGCUGGGUCCUACCUGUUCAAGGAUCUUCAUCUGUAUACCUAGUGGAGAGGACUCUGAACUCAGCAGACAUGGUUCUAUUUUUGAGUUUAGAAAUUAACAGCAGGGAAAUGUCAUCUUAUUACUUGAGAAGAUCAGCCCUGGGAGUUGGGUAUGUUCUGAAGUUGUGUUCAGAUAAGUUUUCAGAUGUCCUGGGAUUGAAAGUGUGUGUGGUGUGUGUGUGUGAAGGUGUAUAAUUUGUAUGAUAAAGAUGAAAAUGGAAGGGGGAUUAAAAAAAGAAAGAAAAGUAGAUACUUCCUUGCUUGGAAGCCUUUCUGGUUUAAGCCCAAUGAUGGUUCCACCUUAAGUGUUUGAGCUUUGUCGUUGCUUGUCUUCCUGACAUGGGCCAGUUAGAGGACUGUCUGGUAUCCAAGACGCUUAGUUUAUGUCAGGUCCUCAAGUUGCCUCUGACUUGUUACCACAACAAAUCAUUUUGAUUUCAGUGCCUGUUGGGGACUUGAUUUCCUCUCUCUCUCUCUUUUUUUUUUCCCCCUUAAUCUGGCUCAUUUGAAAUCUCUUCUCUCUCUUUCAACCAUCCCACUAAGUUAUUGCCAAGAAGGGAAGGAGACAUGGGGAUUUGGGGUUCCCUCUGCUUGAGUGUCUUAUCCUCCACCACCUCACCUUGUUGGUACCUCCCUCCCUGGAUCUCUGAGCCAGCAGCAAGGAGGGCCUGACCCAGCAGUUCUUAUACUGGCCCCUUUGUAGGGUCUUGCUGCCAGGGAACAGGGAUGCUUUCCAGCCUGCAGCAACGGAACACUUGACCUUAAAAGUCUCUUCUGGUCUUUGGAUUAGAAAAGGCUUGUGUUAGCAUAACUUAAGAGCAACCUCAGAGACUUGAGCCCUACUAAGUGACCACUGUUUAGAGUGUCUAGUAUCUGGUGUUCAUUUAUUCCCAUGACCUUCUAUGUCACAGUUCAACCAGUUUUGGUUUAUGCCUAGAAUUGCCCCAAGGAACUAGACUGAUUGUCCAUAACUGGCCCAGUGACACUCCUCAGUGAUCUUAAUAGUAUGUCCCUCUGUCCUUUCAUUUCCCCAUCCAAGUAGCAGUCAGGUUCUUGGUGUAACAAGGCUGAAAGAUUGCCAGUCGGCCAUAGUCCUGGCAGCUCUGACGCCAACGGAAACAUCUAAGUGUCUGUCUUGAAUUCCCUGGAAAAAUUUUUGCAGGAAUUGAAGCUUCCCUGUUCCCAUCCUUUCCGGUCCCUGUCAUCUUUUUCCCAGUUAGGGCAGCAGUGAGGGAGGACCCAGGUAAGCUACAAGGAAUGUUAUGGAUGGAAGGCAGCAGGAUUAGCUUCUCCUUGGGCUGGAGCAGCACAGAACCUCAGACCAGGCCCAUCUUUUUAGGAUGUGUUUAAUUUUGAGGUGGUCUCUUUGGAUCUGUUUUUAAAGAGCUCCAUAUAUUUGAAGUGUUCAUUACGUGACAAAGUAAAUAGCCCUUGGGCUCGUGUCUUGGGUUUUGGCUCUUAAUGAGUUACUCCAGGUCAGUGUUUAGUUCUUUGAGAGUUGUAGCCCUUUAUUUUAGCUGUGACUGAGGCCUUGGUAUUAGGGUAUUGAAUCGGGUAGCUGGAUGGUGGCAGCCUGAGGCUGCAAUCAGAGGAGCACGUACUAGAGUGCUUCACAAAGCUCCGGGCUUUAAAGGAGGAUGUCUUGUAGCCUUGGUCCUAGGGACCACCAGCCUGGGGCAGUGGACAUCCUGACUAUUAAUUGGGCUUUUGAUAGUGGCUUUGGUUGCCAUUCUGUCACAACUCCCCAAUGCCAUAGGCCAGUGCCAGGGAGUAAACAAGAUGAGGAAGGAGGACUUGCUGCCUCUAUUUUGCCUUGUUUGUUGGUUUGCCUGGGUCUCUGAGGAAGGAGGGGUCCCCACCUCCUCACCUCAACCCAUCCUUUCAGUGACUCAGAGUCUCAGAAGGAAACCCUGGCUCCUGGGGCCAUUUCCUAAUGGUACUGUAAGCCAAGCAUCUUUGCUUCUGCCUCUGUUUCCAAGCCCACUCCUUUCCCCUGAGCUCGGGGAUAGGGAUGGGCACCUUCCUCUUUGGUUGUGUCUGAAAGGAAGGAACAUCUUCCUAUAGCUCACAAAAACUAAAGAGGAAAUGAGGAAACAAGAAGUAGUGUGGUGGGGGCUAGGAUCGUGUGCCCUGGAACCAAGCCUACCCAGCUAACAGAGCUGCCCAGGGCUGGUCACAGCUGGCUAAUGAUGCUGAACUUGAAAGCUUUUUUUUUUUUUUGGUUCCUCUAGGACGAUGUAGGUACGUGAAGUUUAGGUUAAAGGGGUGGGUUGGGGCACUCUUUAUUUUUAUUUUUGUAUUGUGUGUGUUAAGAAGUACUCUGUUCAUCUUUUGCUUUUUGCACUGUUGUUCCCAUGUCUGUAUUUUGAGCUAGUGCCAGGACUGAGAGGCUGCGCUGUAGGGAGUCUGACUGGCGUUGGGGUGUGAUGAGUGAUACCAUUUAGGGGUGGGAAAGGGAAGGCCUGAGCUGUGUCCUAGUUUUUAGAUCCCCCUGAGCCCAGCUGACCAAAGCCAGGAGCGGAUGGCCAAGGUGAAACUCCUUUUGCCAGCAGUGUGGGCUCAGUUCUGUUUCUGGGGAGACCAUGCAGACGUCUGCUGGAGGCAGGCAGAGAGUCUACAGUCUAGCUCCUGUUUGGGUCAGGGGCCAGCCAGCCUCUAAUUGGACUUUUUUUGGCUCCACUCAUGCUGACUAUAACAUCGUGCCAGGAAAUUAUCUGUGGGACCCAUGUCCCCUAAACCAAAUCCAUUUUUCUGAAAAAUCUCCACUAUUGAGGAGAAGCUGCUCAGUUGAGACCCUGAGUUCUGGUGACUUGAAAGGUGGUUAUCUUCAAGUGGUAGUUAGACUCGGUCUAACCAGUUGGUGUUAGACUCCCAGGAGGACCACAGGGCCUGCAGAGUCCCCUGUUAGUUGGAGAGUGUGAUCUUGUUUUCUUGUUCCCACUGUUUGCCUGAGAGAUACUGGCCUGAAAUUGGGGGGAUCACAUCAGAGGUCACUUAGACUUUAAAGAGGUGGGUGAAGUUCGAGUUAAGUUUACCUCCCCCUUUCUGUGCCUGGGAACUGUUUAAUCCAGGUUUAGAUUUGUGAUUUGACUUCUUUAUCUUUGUGGAGAAGCUUCUGUUUUAAGGAAUUUCUCUUCUUUCUUAUCCUGCCUCUACCCUCUCCUAGGAAGGCCUGGCCAUGGCUUCUAGAAUCUCAGUUGAACUUUAGAAAACAGCAGGAGUAUUUUCCCUUUCCUAGCACUUAAUUUUCCUUUCCCUAGAAAUCAGCUCACCUUGGGAAAUCCAGGGAAAGAAUCAGCAGGUUCUCUGCCCUCCCUGGGGAUUGGGGAAGGACCCACCCUGGUCAGCACAGUGCCUUUUCCUCUCCUGCUCUGAGCCAGGGUGGGCAUUCUCUCUAGAUUCAGGUCUGGGCAGGAGUCUUACAGUCCCUGCCAUAGGGCUGCUUCCCCAUCUCUUCCUCACCCUUCCCUUUGCUAAAUGGCUCUUUCCUAAUUCAAGUGUCUUCUUGCCUCAAGGAGCCUUAAUGGCAUCAAGUGGCAGCAUGUAAUAUUGUCCUCCAUGCCUCUCCAAAAAAACCUAGGAGAGCAGGUGAGCUUUCCAAAGUGACAGACUAAUAGAUACUCCUGUUUAAAGACAAAGGGGUGAGGGGAUAUGCUUUGGGCCUCCUUCUACUCUGGCCCCCGGGAAGGAGCCUGGGGUAAGGCUAAGUGGUAGUGCAGAAACAGAACCAGAAACAUCCAGGAUCUGUUCAAAAGUCUUAGAAGAAAUCUGCUUCUCAUCUAUGGAAAGAUAUAAUUAGGGAUCAAAGAGCUCUAAGAAAAUUGCAAAGAAGCCUUAAUGUUAAAGCUUCAGAGAGAUCAGAGUAAUUUUUCCCUUUCAGUCCUAGCUAGGACUCUUUCUGUAUUUAGACUUCUCCUGGGGCAGGGGGGCUAGAUUUCCUCAUUUUGUUACAAGACUAGAUUGGCACCAAUGGCUCAGCUGCCCAGCGAGGACAGAUUUCUUCUUUGUACAUGGGUGGCCUGCUGCUGAUCUAGUUUGUCCUCCCCCAGCUGCCUUUUGGCUAGCCAGCUUUAGGUUGCCAAAUCAUUUUGAUAAGAGCAGAUGAUUUGGAGACUGGCUGGGUUGGCAGGAAAAGAGCAGGAUGGAUCUCUUGGGACGGGUUCCCCCCUCCAGGAGUAUAAGAACAAGGAGCCAGGGUUGUGCUGGCAGCCAGGGAAACAGUAAUGCCUGUUGGAAUUGGCAGAGAGGGCCUUGGCAUCUCUCAUAUCCAGGCAGUCUUGUGAGAUGGGGGCACGUAGCACCAGGAAAAGCAGAACUCCAUUCUCACCUCUAUUUUGAGCUUUAGUGCUUUAUUUCAGUAUGAGGAAAAACAACAACAAACUGAAGUGCGCUUUCCGUCCUUUCAAAGGAUAACUGUCGGGAAAGGAGAGCUGAGUUGCCAGGUGGGAGGGGAGAAUUGGCAGGGAGAGAUGUUACAGCAAAACCAAGAAUGAGACAUUCUUGACUCCUCUCUUCCCUGGUAUGUCAUGAUCCAGGGAAUGAAAAGAAAUUUGACCCUGGAUUAGUUCCCUCCUUGGAUUUUCCAUCCACCAAGUUCUCCCACGCUAGGAGCAGCUGGCCAUUCUGAGCUCUGGGCAGUCUCUUCAACCACUGUUGGCCUAACCUGGCUUGUCAGGAAAUCAACCUCGCCCCUCCAGAUUGGGCCCGGUUGCUCUUUUCUGUACCAAGUACUGGAGGAUAGUGUCAAGUUCUUAGUAGCCCUUGUAGCUCCCACUCUAGAUUCUCAUCCUCUCCCUGCCGAGGCCAAACCAACUCUGUCUGUAGCCACAAUGUGCAUUUACAGCGGCACAGUGAGAUGUGGUUGAGGGGCUUUGAACCUGGCUGGCCCGGGGAAAGCAGUAGGGGUAGAUAGAGCUGUCUUUCCUUCUGGGCUAUCUCCAUCUGUCCCUACCCCUUCCAUGCCCCACCCUACUCCCACCAAAAAGUUUAAAAAUCAGGAUGUUUUUCACUGUCCAUUGCUUUGUGUUUUAAUAAACAAUUUGCAGUGACA